AUGGCUACGAAUAGUAAUAGACGUUUAUCGUCGGAAAUCUUUGUUUUUCUUCAUGGAUUUACUAAAGAUAGCGAUGUAGGUGGUGGUGGACAAAUAGCAAAAUACAUCGCUUCGUUAUUUCAUGUUCCGGUCGAACAACCAAACUUGAAUCAACCGUCGUUUAACGAAUUCUCCGUUUCAAACGCUAUACAUGUCAUUAAUAAAUUAUUCGACGAAAAACAAAAAGAACAUCAUGAACAAAUUCAAAUGAAUUUGAUCGGUGCAAGUAUGGGUGGUUACAUCGCUGCACGUUACGCUGAACUUUAUCCUGAUCGCGUAAAAAAAUUGUUUCUUCUUUGUCCUGCAUUCGGCUUAGCAGCACGCUGGCGUGAAUUUCUGUCCGAUGAUGAAUUAGAAAAAUGGAAAUCAUCCGGUUCACAUUCGUACGAUGGUCGACAAUUACAUUAUUCAUUUUUGGUUGAUCUCACACAAAACCAUCCAGCAUAUCCACAAAUUCUAUGUCCAACAUCGAUCGUACAUGGUAAAUCGGAUGAAUUGAUUCCAAUUGCUGCGAGUCAACAAUUUAUUAAAGAACAAAAAAAUAAAGAAUCGAUUCAUCUAGUUGAAGUCGAUGAUGAUCAUCAUUUGUCUCAAAAUAAAAAGUCUCUCGAACUGACUAUGGGAAAUGCAACCAACCAUUUCUCCUUCUGUGUUGGUCAAUCGUCGAAAAAAGUUCAUCAAAAGCGACCGUAUGUCUCUCGUCCAUUUUGGCCAUAUGAACAUCAUCAUCAUCUAAAUCUGAAUGAAACUGAUCAUGAUAUGAAAUCAUCUCGGUGUAUUCAUGUUAUGAAUAAAAAUCUUUUAGAAACUUAUCGAGAUUGUCCAUUGUGUUUAAAGCUUCUCUAUGAACCAGUUUCGACGUUAUGUGGACAUACAUUUUGUUUGUUAUGUCUUGAACGUCUUAUAAUCGCAUCCGAUUCGCUAUUAAGAUGUCCCAUUUGUCGAAUAGAUUUAACUUAUCUUCGUUCGUGUUCCAAUCAAUUGAAACCCAAUGCAAUUCUUCAUAAUCUCUUUCGUGAAAUGUACGCUGAUGAAUAUGAAAUUCGACGAAACGAAUUAGAUAAUGAAAGAAAAAAUAUCAUCAAAAAACGAUUAGUCAUCGGUAAUACGCAUCAAUUAUUGUCCUGUGAUUAUCACCAUAAACAACAUGAAUGGACUUUAUUUAUUAAAUUUGAUAAUGAUGAUCAAGAUCCGAAUGAAAUUAGUGAAUAUGUUAAACAGGUGAAGAUUCAUUUACAUCCAACAUUUUCUCCAUCGCAGAUCAUUCUGGAUCAACCACCUUUUCGAUUAACAAGGAUUGGAUGGGGAGUUUUUACGGUUCAUAUUUCAAUUGAAUUUCACGCCAAAUGGAACAAGUCAGAUCUCAUCACCAAUUGGUUUUUAUCGUUUGCUAAUGCAGGAAGUCAGAAAUCGUUGGAAAUUGGUUUUCAAAAGUCAACUGAUAAUAUUAAUUAA